UUUAUUUUCUGUUACGUAUCUUUGGAUUUGUCCUUAAGUUAUUUGUUUUGACAAGUACACGUGGGUUGGUUUCAUGAAUAAUAGUUUUAAUGAUAUUUGACUUAGGAUGGUUGUCUUCAUAUGCAAUAACUGUGGCGAGUCAUUGAAGAAGAACAAGGUUGAGCUACAUGGGCAAUGUUCGCGACCGUUAUCCGUAUCCUGCAUGGACUGCAACAAAGAUUUUAACUUGGAGACGUAUGUUGCGCACACUCAGUGUAUUACUGAGCAAGAGAAGUAUGCACCUAAGGGCUUCGUUGCAAAGCCCUCAUCGAACAAGGGGCUCACCAAACAGCAGGAAUGGAUAUCGAUGGUGAACUCGAUCAUAGCAUCUACCAACAAUUUGCCGCAAGACGAUAUGGCUCUCCUGAAAGUCAUCUCAAAUUAUGAGAACAUUCCUAGGAAGAAAGUUAAGUUUGAGAAUUUCAUCAAAAGUGGCAUUUUCAGAGGCAGUAAACAGUGUGUUGAUCGAGUGUGGGAUUUGCUAACAAAGAAAUGGAAUGAAAUAAAAUCCAUCAAACCAAAUGUAAGUGCAGCCAGUGCUGCAGACAAGAGUGCUGCAAACGUGGAGGAAGUAGAAAUCAAGCUUCCGGAAAGUGUGAGCAGCAUGGAUGGCAAAGGGGGUACGAAACGGAGCAAGCAUCAAAGAGAAUCUCCGAAUAAGAAGGUCAAACACGAGGAGAGUUUGACAACCGUGGAAAAUCCUAUGGCAGCAGCCAUCGUACCAGACACAAACAUAAGUGAUGAAUCUAAGCAAGAUAAGAAAAAGAAGAAGAAGAAAUCUAAAGGUGAACCUGCAUCAAGUGAUUUAGAUCAAUCUAUGGCAGAUGUGUCACAUACAAACUUGAACGGUGAAACUAAAAAAGAGAAGAAGAAGAAGAAAUCUGGAGGUGAAGCUGUAUCAAGUGAUGCAGAUCAGUUGAUGGCAGAUAUAUCACUUGCAGACAUGAACGGUGAAACUAAAAAAGAGAAGAAGAAGAAAUCAGGAGGUGAAGCUGUAUCAAGUGAUGCAGAUCAGUUGACAGCAGUUAUCACUUCAGAUACAAAUGUAAACAAUAAAACCAAGAAACAUAAGAAGAAGAAGAAGUCAAGAGGUGCAUCUGUAUUGAGUCUUGCAGAUCAAUCAGCAGCCAGCAUCACAUCAGAUUCGCAAACCCUGAACACUAGUGGGAGCAAGAAGUUCGACUGGCAGGACACAAUCCUCCAAGUUCUGCAGGCUUCGGACAGGAAAGAGCUCCCGGUCAAGGUUCUCCGGAAGAAGGUGAUGGCAAGGUACGUGGCCGAGGCGCAUCUGCCAAUCACGGACACCAUCAAAGCCAAGUUCAACAAGAGACUAAACAAAACGCAAGGCGUGAAGGCACUGAAAGGAAGAGCAGUGCUGUCUUCUACCGUUUGACGUAUCGGUUGGUGGAUGCUGCUGGAGAUUGAUGUUUUACCGGAGAGAAGUGAAACAUGUUCAUAUUUCCACAUGAAACAAGUUUUCUUUCUUUGUGAAAGUCAGCAAGUGGUAUUGUUGCAGUGGAGCCUUACUUGCACAGUUUCAGCUUAUUCAUUUGAAAAGGUGCUUAUAAUAAAACAAUUGUUAAUGGAA